AUGUCGCCUCGCGGACUUGCCAUCAUCAUCGGCGCGGGCCCGACGUCCGGGGCCGGCAUUGCGCGCGUUCUGGCCGACCCGCAGAGAGGCAACCUGGCCGUCGCGCUGCUCGCCCGCAACAAGGACCGACUCGAGUCUCUCGCGUCGGAUGUGCGCCAGUCGUCCCAGGGUGGCGUCUUGCAUCCCUUUGCGACUGACACGCGGCCCGCGAACCUGCGGCAUGCGUUCCGGCAGAUUGCGGCGCGCCCAGAUUUCCAGGGCCUGCAACUCUGCCUCGCCGUGUAUCACGUCAAGCACGCCGACAAGAAGCCAUUCCUGGAGGAGACGCCCGAGGCCUUCAACGAGAGCAUGGCGACAUACACCACCGGUGCCGUCGUCUUUGCGCAGGAGGCUAUCCGGCUCAUGUACGCGCAAAACGGUGGGCAGACCAACCUCAAGGACACCAACGGUGCUGUCAAAGGAACUGUUAUCUUCACGGGCAUGCUGGGCGCGCUGCGCUGCAACCCGAGCUUUGCGUCGUAUGGCGCGUCGCGCGCUGCUGUGCGGAUGCUGGCGCAGGCGGUCGCCAAGGAGCACAGCAAGUUUGGCAUUCACGUGGUGCACACCAUUGCUAACGGGCCCAUUACUGACGAGGACAAUGAGAUGACGUCGACAGGCAUCAGCAUGAGGGCCGAAGAUGUCGGAGAUUUGUACUUGUAUCUGUCGAAGCAGCCAUCCUCUCUGUGGACUCAUGAGCUGGACAUGAGGCCUGCGCAGGAGUCUUUCUGA